AUGCCUUUGUCAACCCCAUCCCCACCUAUUACCACCACCACUACCGCCGAUAAAUCCAUAAUCAGCCAACAUUUUCCCGCCUUUUCAAUAUGGACCGCCAACCACCUCACUGCCCCGGGCAUCAAUUCCCUGUCCGGAGCAGCUGCCGGCAUCAUCAGCGGUGUCGCGACCUGCCCGUUGGAUGUAAUCAAGACGAAGCUCCAAAAUCAGACGCAGGCAUACAAUGACAUUCCCAAGCCCAUGCGCCCUCCACAGCUCUACAAGGGAUUGGUGGGCACGGCCAAGGUCAUCUACCGAUCCGAAGGCCUCUCCGGCUUCUAUCGCGGCGUCAAGCCCAUGGUGCUCGGCUACAUUCCCACCUGGGCCAUUUACAUGCCGGUAUACGACACUACCCGUCAAUUUCUCUAUAAUCACGGAUACGGCGAGCAAGAACGAGACAAAUGGUUCGCGCGCCUCUACGCAUCCGUCACCGCCGGGUUCUGCGGAAAUAUUGCUACCAGUCCCAUCUGGGUCAUCAAAACCCGUCUCAUGUCCAUGAACCCUCCCACUUCCGCCGAACAAGGACCAAAGAACCCACAUCGAUCGUCCUACCACUACACCGGCACCCUCGAUGCUGCUCGACAAAUGUACCGAGAAGGCGGCCUUCGAGUCUUUUACUCCGGCCUUGUACCCGGAUUACUCGGUCUCUCUCACGUUGCCAUUCAAUUCCCCCUGUAUGAAUACUUCAAACGAGAAUUCACCGGCUCGGAAAUGGGUGCCACCGCCAUUCCCGCUAACUCGUCAGAUGCCGCCUCGAGCACCUUCGGCAUCCUGGCCGCGGGAUUCAUUUCCAAACUUUUCGCCACAACAGCCACCUACCCACAUGAAGUUCUUCGAACUCGCCAACAGACACAACUUCGUAAUGCACUGGUCGAAGAGAGUCAAAACUUGGCUUACUCCAACCACAGCCAGACAAUCUCCACGGCGAAACGGAUAGGCAGUACAGAUGGCAUGGUGUUUCAACCGAAAUACACCGGCAUCGUCAACACGUUCAAACUUAUCCUUAAGGAAGAAGGGUGGAGGGCGUUUUAYAACGGAAUGGGAACGAACAUGAUUCGCGCAAUUCCCGCUGCUAUGACGACGAUGCUGGCGUAUGAAACGAUCAAGACGUACGUGGUGCAGGUCCAGGAGGAGGGAAAAGAGUUGCAGAAGGAGAGAGGAGUUUGA